AUGGGAUGUACUAGUUCUAAUUAAACAACUGAUCAAGUUAUUUAAUAAGUUUCUAAAUCUCAAAUAAGAGAGAAUGUUAAACUUAGAAUAGGAGUCAACUUUGAUAUAGAAAAUUCAGACACUAAAAUGUUUUCGAUUAAAAAAAAUCCCAUUGUAUAAAGAAGAAUUCUCAAAUCAAUAAAACCAAAAGUUUCACUUUCAAAAUAAUAAACAGAUGAAACAUAUGGAUCAUUUUAUUGA